AUCACCAGCUAUCUCGAUCGUGAGAGCUCCUCACAGCUUAGCAUCUCUCUCUCUCUCUCUCUCUUUCUCUCUCUCUGAAGAUGCCUCGCUUGCUGCUCUUCUGCUUGGUGUCGAGCCAGCUCGCCAUGACCGCCGUGAUGGGCCGGCCAUUCCCUCUCUUCUACGGCGGCGGCGGCGGCGCGGCGGCGAGCAUCGCAGAUGCGCCUACUUCUUCUUCUUCUUCAGAUGGUGGUGGUGGUGGUGGUCAUCUACUGCAUGUGUAUUCUCUUCUCGAGUCGAGCUUCGCGGAGUCGCCGAUGAGCUCGCACCACCGCAACCACAGCCCGUUCGACCGGAAGUUCGCCGGCGGCAAGGUGAUACUGGGCGGCCUGGCGGCGGCCAUCUUCGCCGCCGUCUUCUGCUACAUCCGGAUCACGAGGAGGAAGAAGAUCGAGCCCAAAUCUUGAUUACUCUAUCGCAUCACGCCUCAAAAAAGAAAAAAAACAAACUCUUUAAUUUUUUUCUUUUCUUACAGUGAGGAGACAUGAACAAACGCAUGUAACCCUCCUCAUAGAUUCGUUGCAAAACACUGUAAAGAAUCCAUUGCUGAUGAAAUAGGUGACAAAUUUCCUCCUCUUUUUUCUUCUUGGAUUAAUUAUGCAUGUCUAGCACGCACACAUGCAUUCGGAUAAUCGGAUGGCUGAGCUGUACGCUU